CUCCCUGCCGGCCGCAGGGGGACAGAGGCACAAACACACACACAUAUAUAUUUAUAGACACACUCACAGCAACUCGUUUUGUCCAAGUCCCUGAAGAUGUUGCUCUUCAUCUUGCUUUCGCUCUUCAAUUUCAACACAUCUCUGAGCCUCAAAAUCUGCUCCUUCAACGUGAGGUCUUUUGGAGAAGCUAAAAUAGCCAGACCUGAAGUCGUCGAUGCCGUGGUAAAGAUCAUUUCUCGCUGCGACAUCAUGUUGCUGAUGGAAAUAAAGGAGAACAAGAACCGGGUUUGUCCCCUCCUGGUGGAGCAGCUCGCCAGGCACCUGACGGGGCCAAAGGAGGGAUACAGCUGCGUGGUCAGCGAGAGGCUGGGAAGAAAGAGCUACAAGGAGCAGUAUGUCUUCAUCUACAGACAACAUCUGGUAUCAGUGAAACAAACCUACCAGUACCCAGACACCCAGCCUGGGGACGAGGAUGCCUUCUCCAGAGAACCCUUCGCCGUCUGGUUCCAGUCUCCAAAAACUGCUGUCAAAGAGUUUGCUAUAAUCCCUCUGCACACUACGCCGGAGACAGCGGUCCGGGAGAUUGAUGAGCUCUAUGAUGUGUAUUUAGAUGUAAAACAGCGCUGGAGAACCGAGAACUUUGUCCUCAUGGGGGACUUUAACGCUGGGUGUAGCUACGUUCCCCAGAAGCAGUGGAAGAACAUCCGGCUGAGGACUCACUCCGAAUUCGUCUGGCUAAUCGGCGACAAAAAUGACACAACGGUGAAAGAAAGCACAAGCUGCCCCUAUGACAGGAUCGUGGUCAGCGGGCAGAAGCUCAUUGAUGCUGUUGUGCCCCAUUCUGCCAACAUCUUCGACUUCCAGGACGACUUUCAGCUCAGCGAGGAGCAGGCGCUGGGGGUGAGCGACCACUUCCCAGUAGAGUUUGAGCUAAAAGCAAAAGGCGGCUUCUUCAACUGGUUGAAAUCAAAGUUUUCCAGGAAGAGGAGACCCAGAGCAAGACGCCGCUCGAGCUCGUGAGCGUGCCGAGUCCUGCCACGUGGCGCGGAAAUGCGCAGAUGCCAACAGAUGUUGCAGAAGACCCAGUGUACAUAUACUCCCAGCAAGUGCAAUAUUUAGUGGAAAACAAACAAACAUUUUGUUCAAAUACUAAUAUUUUGGGUAAGAAGGCAAAUUAAACCUUUGGGUUAUUUUCCCCGUUGUAUACAAAACUAGAUCAGCUAGAAGCAGCGUAACUGUGCUUAGAGCACUGAUCGCAAGUGCCAGGAGCUACCGCAAGGGUGUAAUUCUUUUGUGUGCUUUACCUGUGAGACCCAAAGGGCAGCGAUCUCCACGUGUUCACGAGGGUGCUGGAGCUCUGCCAUUCCUCUGCGGGGGCAGAAGGAUUAAAAGGACUUUUCUACA